GGAGCCUCCCCUAACAGUGACGUAUUUCCUGUUGAACCAAGGUUCGCUAACUGAAAACCGUCUCUGUCUUCUCUUCAACCGUCAGAUUGUGUUAAACCUCCGUUACAGACUUCUAAAUCGGCUUUUUUACAAUCACUAAAGUCCUAACAACUCUUGUGUGUCCUCGUCACAUCGCGGGACGUUGUUGUCAGUCUCUUUUUCGGGACAUUUUCGUCGACAAACCUGCCCUCUGCGGACCGUGCUAACGUUAGCAUCAGCGGCUAGCCAACCAUUCACUCCGAGGGAAAAAAAUCGAUUAUCGAUAUCGUUGUAAUCAUGGAUCAAACAGGAGUCGCAGCAGAAACGCGAAAGAGCCCGUGGGGUUCGGCGGCGCCGGCGGCCCCGGCCUGCUCUCUGGCUGAUGUGAUGAGCGAACAGCUGGCCACACAGCUGGACGAGGAGAACAACGCCUUCCCUGCUCUCAGCGAUCCGGGAGCAGAUCUGUUCAUGUCAGAUGAGGUUUCUGAAACGACCAGCGACCUGAUGCUCGCCCAGAUGCUGCAGAUGCAGUUCGACCGCGAGUUUGACGAUCAGCUCCGCCGGGAGGAGAAGAAGUUCAACGGCGACAGUAAAGUGUCCAUCUCCUUUGAGAACUACCGCAUGGUCCAUCCGUAUGAAGACAGCGACAGCUCAGAGGACGAGGUGGACUGGCAGGACACCAGACACGACCCCUACAGAGCCGAAAAGCCCCAGACGACCCCCAGGAAAGGCUUCACCGGGAAAGGCAAGAACAUCACCACCAAACAUGACGAAGUGACCUGCGGACGCAAGAACACGGCGCGCAUGGACAACUUUGCUCCAGAGGUCCAUGUGGGAGACGGGCUGGGGAUGGACCUGAAGCUGUCCAACCAGGUGUUCAACUCCCUGAAGCAGCACUGCUACAGCGAGCAGAGACGCAGCGCCAGGCUGCACGAGAAGAAGGAGCACUCCACUGCUGAACAAGCGGUGGACCCUCGCACUCGUCUGCUGAUGUAUAAAAUGGUGAACGCCGGCGUGCUGGAGAACAUCAACGGCUGCAUCAGCACCGGGAAAGAGUCGGUGGUCUUCCACGCCGACGGAGGGAGCCUGGAGGAGCAGCCUGUCCCUGAUGAAGUGGUGCUGAAGGUUUUCAAGACGACGCUCAACGAGUUCAGGAACAGAGACCGCUACAUCAAAGACGACUACCGCUUCAUCGACCGCUUCAGCAAACUGAACCCACGCAAGAUCAUCCGCCUGUGGGCCGAGAAGGAGAUGCACAACCUGAGCAGGAUGAGGAAGGCGGAGAUUCCCUGUCCCGAGGUGGUGCUGCUGAAGAAACACAUCCUGGUGAUGUCGUUCAUCGGUAAAGAUCACGUUCCUGCUCCCAAACUCAAAGACGUCAUGUUGAGUUCAGAGGACAUGAAGAACGCCUUCUACCAGGUCCUACAUGUGAUGCAGCAGUUGUAUCAGGAGUGUAACCUGGUUCACGCUGACCUCAGUGAGUACAACAUGCUGUGGCACGAAGGAAAGGUGUGGCUGAUCGAUGUGAGUCAGUCGGUGGAGCCCACACACCCCCACGCCCUGGAGUUCCUCUUCAGAGACUGCAGGAACGUUUCCACAUUCUUCCAGAAGAGAGGAGUGAGUGAGGCGAUGAGUGUGUACGAGCUUUUCAACGCUGUGAGCGGACUGAACAUUAAUGUUGAAGAAGAAGACGAAGCAGAGUUCAUCGCUGAGAUCGUGGCCCUGGAGAAGAGGAACGAGGACCACGUGCAGCGUCGAGGAAAGAAAACCUUCCCGGUGUCGUGUGAGGACGGCGGUCCUCCUUUAGAACCCGACGCUGACGACUAACGCCCGCCCGGCUCGCUCUCUCUUCACGAUCCCGCCGUGUUGAAAAAAAAUCGCUGUAACAGGAGACGGAUGGACGAGGCGCCGCUGCCUCCUCCGCCCCUCCGCCCUCGCCACCACCCACCUACUGCUUCCUUUGAACGGGCAGGACGGAGCGCCCCCUGCAGGCUGCAGGAGGAGCCUCUUUCACCGUGUUGGAUGAUGAAGUCAGAGCGUCCUGAGAGGCACCGACGGCUGAGACCUCGUCUCAUGGCGUCCUGCUGGGAUCGACCCACGCCGGACUCCACUCUGUGUUUUUGUAAGAAUCGCAGUAAAAAAAUACUAAACGGACUUCUUCUAUCCGGCUGCAGAAAUCUCUUUGAAGUUGAUUUUAAAUUCUGAGUUUGUGAAGAAUUUGAUGAUGCAGAAGACAACUUGUCUUCUUUUUCUCUUUUUUUUUUUUGGAUGUUUUUUUACCUGAUGGUGUUUCAACAUUUCAACGUGUAGCUUCAUCGCGGAACAAAGAAAAACAGCACAAAUUGUCUAAAAAUGUCGCCUGAAUUUAGUUUUUAAAAAUUCAUACUUGUAUAUUAAAUCAAGAAAUAUCUCAUCAUCAAAGAAGGAGACCUUGCAUCAUGUUGACUUUGUAUUUGAUAGUUUAUAAUAUUUGAUUUUAAAUCAAAUAAUUGAUUUGUCACAAACACAAUCAUCCAUAGCACAAGAGAAACAACCAUUGCACAGAGAACAUGGAAAAUAAUAAAAUAAGUAAAAUGGGAAAUUAAAAAAUUAAAUGUUUCAAUUUCAGAAAGAUUCUUCACUCGUUUUCUUAUUAUUAUUAUUAUUAUAAACUAUUUACAAUACAGCACGAUUCAAAGUCAGGUUACAGAGUUCCAUGGUCAAAAAAAUUACAAUAAUAAAAAAAAUUUAAUUGAAAAAUGUACUUGAAAUAAUGGCAAUAAUGACAGUAACAAUACAUUAUUAUUUUUAUUAUAAUUAUUAUUAAUAAUAAAAAUAUGUAUUUAUUAGGGUUAUUAUAGUCUUAUUGAGAUAAAAUGGUACAAAAAUGUUAUUGAAUGUCUAACUAAUUCAUAAUUAUUUAAAAUAAUUUUGAAAAUGAUUUGUUAUGAGUAUUAUUACUUUAUUUAGUAAAAAAAAUGUAACCAUUUAAUUUAAUGUCCAAUAAUAAAAUAAUGAUAAUAAUAGAGAUAUGAUAUGAUAUGGUGGAAAUAAAAACAGUGUCUUAAUUAAAAAAAAAGGUUUUAAAUAAUUAGAUUCACUACUAACUUUACUUUUCCAGAUUUACAGCUGAGAAAGUAAAAUAUGCAUCAAAGGUAAACACCAAAAAAACUUUUUUUUCCUUUUUUUUCCUGUCUGUUUCAUCUCAUUUUUUGGGGUCAAACAUAAACGGUGGAGGUUUUUAAGGUCACAGCAGUUCGGAUUGGUGUGGAAGCUGACGGGGGUAAAACUAAAAAAAUUAUUUAGUAAAUGCUUGAAAUUAAAUUGCAACAGAAACGUUUGUAGUCGUCUCAGCAUCUUGUCAUUAAAUGUAGAAGAUAGAAACAGCUUCAGAUUGUUUGCAGUAGAAAUAAUAAGAAAAUCUGGUGUGUUUUUGAACUUAGUGGAGAAAAAGUGAAGGUUUCUGUCCUCACAUGAAGUUUAUGGUAGAUUUAAUCGUAUAAAUUGCUGUAAAACUGCACUAUUAACAUUAAAAGGUGAAGAUGAAAAA